UUUGCACUAAAUUGGCUGUCGAAGGUACCUAAAGAAGUUAUGGAUGAUGGUUCUCCUGCAUGGAAUAAAGGGAGAAUUUUCUACACAAAUGCCCCAAAGGAAGUUGUGGACGCAUAUGCAACUCAAUUUGCAAAGGACAUAGAGUUAUUCCUUUUUGCUAGAGCACAAGAGCUUGUCUUUAGAGGGCUACUAGCAGUUAUCUUACCUGUUGCCCCUGAUGUCACGAGCAACUCAGACACAUUUACUGGUACAAAAUUGGACCUUCUGGGCUAUUGCCUAAUGGAUAUGGCCAAAAUGGGACUACUUAGUGAAGCAAAAGUGGAUGCAUUUAAUACUCCUGUUUAUUUCACCAUGCCUAAAGAAUUGAAGGCAUUGAUUGGAAGAAGUGGGAAUUUCAGCUUUGAGAAAAUGGAAAAAUUGAAGACCCAGAAAAAGCAUCUUUUCUUGCAAACGCCCUCAAUGCGUUCUUUGUUCUUGAGAGCCCUAUUAGAAGGAUUACUUGAAAGACAGUUUGGAAAUGAUAUGAUGGAUGAGUUAUUUGAUCGUUACUCUGAAAAAAUUACAUGGUCCUCCUAUUUCUUAAUUCCAGAAACUGAUAAAACAAUUGAAUUGUUUGUCAUUUUGAAACCUAAAAAUUAG